AUGUCAGAAGGGGAGAGCAAGGACAGCUCAGGCAGCGAGUGCCCCGUGUGCUAUGAAAAGUUCCGGGACUUGGAGGGCGCCAGCCGGAUGCUGAGCUGUGGCCACGUGUUCUGCCAUGACUGCCUGGUCAAGUACCUGCUGUCCACCCGAGUGGAUGGGCAGGUCCAGAGGACCAUCGUCUGCCCCAUCUGCCGCUACGUCACCUUCCUCAGCAAGAAGAGCUCCCGCUGGCCCUCCAUGCUUGACAAGAGCUCCCAGACUCUGGCUGUGCCCGUGGGCCUGCCCUCCGUGCCACCAUCAGACAGUCUGGGCCACACAAACCCCCUGGCCAUCUCCCAGCCUGUCUGGAGACCAUCUCUGAGCCAGGCACGGCUUCCGGGAAGCCCGAGUCAGAAUGCCCAGCUCCCCUUGGACCUGCUGCCCAGCCUGCCCCGGGAGUCGCAGAUCUUCAUCAUCAGUCGCCAUGGGAUGCCCCUGGGGGAGCAGGACAGCGUCCUGCCACGGCGCAGCCUGGCAGAGCUCUCAGAGGCAUCCCCGGCACCCAGCUCCAGCCGCUCAUUCUGCUGCCGGUCACGGGCCCUCCUGCUCAUCACCCUCAUUGCUGUGGUGGCCGUGGUGGCCGCCAUCUUGCCCUGGGUGCUGCUGGUGAGGAAGCAGGGAUGA